AUGGCAAUGUCAAAUCCUCAACUACUCCUCAUCUGCUUCUCGGUGCUGCUCUUAGCGAUCGCUUCAAUUUCAGCGCAAUGUCCCAACGGCGGGGCAUUAGUAGCAGAGGGUUGCACGGUUGCUACACAAUGCGUUCCAUAUACAUCACUGAAGGUGGCCUGCUUGAAUGGAUACUGUUGUACGGUCACAAGUCCAUCGUCAACGUGCAGUAAUGGUGGUCAACUGGUGGCUGAAGGAUGUUCGAAUGCUGCGCAAUGUACUCCUUAUACGAGUCAACCGGUUGAGUGUCUAUCCGGAUUAUGCUGUACAGCUUCAACACCAUCAACGUGCAGUAAUGGUGGCCAGUUGGUAGCUAGAGGUUGCUCUAAUGCUGCCCAAUGUACUGCUUAUACGAGUCAACCAGUUGAGUGCCUUUCCGGGUUGUGUUGUACUGUUAAAACACCAUCAACUUGUAGUAACGGUGGCCAGUUGGUAGCUAAGGGUUGCUCUAAUGCUGCCCAAUGUACUGCUUAUACGAGCCAACCGGUCGAAUGUCUUUCUGGAUUGUGUUGUACUACAUCAUCGGCUUCAACGUGCAGUAAUGGGGGUCAGCUGGUGGCUAGAGGUUGCUCUAAUGCUGCUCAGUGUACUGCCUAUACAAGCAAACCGGUUCAGUGCCUUUCCGGACUGUGUUGCACUACCAAUUCAACAUCGGGAAAGUGUACUAAUGGUGGCACGCUAGUGGCCACAGGUUGUACGAAUGCUGCGCAGUGUACUUCAUACACGAGUCAACCGGUUGAGUGUCUAUCCGGAUCAUGUUGUACCGUUAAAACACCAUCAACCUGUAGUAACGGUGGUCAACUGGUGGCUGAAGGAUGCUCUAAUGCUGCGCAAUGUACUCCCUACACGAGCAAACCGGUCCAGUGUCUUUCCGGACUGUGCUGCACCACCGAUUCAUCCUCAGGAAAAUGUACUAAUGGUGGCGCGCUAGUGGCCAGAGGUUGUACGAAUUCUGCCCAAUGUACCGCUUAUACAAGCCAACCGGUUGAGUGUCUGUCCGGCUUAUGCUGUACUGCUUCAACACCAUCGACUUGUAGUAANUGUCCGGAUUGUGCUGUACAGCUUCAUCGACUUGUAGUAAUGGUGGUCAACUGGUGGCAAGAGGCUGCUCUAAUGCUGCACAAUGUACUGGUUACACGAGCAAACCGGUUCAGUGCCUUUCCGGCCUAUGCUGUACAACCAAUUCGACAUCAGGACAAUGUACCAACGGUGGACAACUGGUAG